CCACGCCAUACGUUUCACUCAUCGCUCGCUGUCUCGAGUACUGUUAGUUAAUUCAAAGAUUUCGUCGCGAGUGAGUUCCAGGACGAUGAAGCGAUUGUUAAUUAUCUGCCUUCUUUACGCGCUCUUCCAAGCGGUUUUAUUGGCAUCGCCGUGCAAGAGGGUCGUGUACAAGCGAACGAGUAAUGUUAGUUUUGUAUGCACUCAAUUAACAACGUUGCAAAAGUACUUGGAUAAAGCAUGGACCAACACGACGAUCAUUACGAUCUUUGACUCGAAUAUACCGAACAUAGCCGGGCACAGCUUCGCGAGAUUCGGGGCGACUCUCGUGACUCUAGACCUGCAUGAAUCGGGCAUAGAGACGUGCGACGCCCAGACAUUCGUGGGUCUCACGAAGCUGAGGAAGCUGAUACUCUGGGGCAAUAAACUGACGAUUGUGCCAGGAGAUUGGUUCGUGAACAUGCAACGCUCCCUGCAGACUCUCGACUUAUCGUUCAACUUUAUUCAGUGGAUCGACUACUCGGUCCUUCAGAUGCUUAAUAAUUUGGAGAACUUUUACUUCGAUUACAAUCAACUGAGUUACAUCGACUACAGCCUGUUCGCUUAUCUGGGUAAACUGAAGAGAGUAAAAUUCAGCAAAAAUCCGUGGAGAUGGCCAUACCGAGCUCGUUUGACGUGGCAAUUGGAGAACCAGAAAGUCGAGAUGACAGACGUGUGGGAAGAUUGGAACUGGAUGAACGCCGUAAUCAAGGAUUGCGUCGAGAGUGGCCGCGGCGAAUUGCCGAAUGACAGGGUGCUCGAUUGUGCCGUGGAGAAGCUGCUCGCGUUCACGUACGAGACCUUCAGCGCGCAGGAGAGGAGCAAUCCAGGCGUAUGCAGCGAGCAGACCAAGCGAUUAGUACGUUGCAUGAGACCGAGCAACGCCACCGGCGACACCGAUUACGAAACGGCACGGAGGAUCCUCGAGGAUUAUUCCGCGAUUCUGCCACCGAUGCAACGAUCACUGAGCCCCUUCCCGUUCAAGUGAUAAACGCGCUAAUUGUAAGGCACCGUCUUCUCGGAGACUUCUUUUAGGAUAAAGGUAAAUCUCGAGACACUUGUACCGUAAAUUUAUAUACCGUAUACUCUACCGACGAUUCCUAAUCGACUCGUUUCUGAUUCCCGCUCGAAAUGGAUGAAAAAGAGAACCGCGCGAUUUUACACUUCAAUAUUUAGCAUUUUAUAUAAUUCGUAGUUAUAUUUGAAAAAAUAUGAAAAGUAUUUCUUUUGUAUUAAUAGGAUGAGACGAAUUGAAGAGAAAAAGGUGGGAUUAUAAAUUCGUAUAAAAAUAACGCCUUUAUGAAAUCAAUUUUUUCGCUAUGCGAUGCGAAUUAUACAUAACAGUAUUACGAACUAAACCUAUUAUAUGAUCACAGAUUCGAUAAUGCAGCAUACUAUGUGUAUCUUACAAUUAAAAUGAUUAUUCUGGGCACAGCCGAUCUUAUUUGAACUAAACAUAUAAAUAUUCACCUUCUUUCAUCACGCGAGAAGUGAGUAUUUAAAAGAAUAUCAUUUAAUAAUGUGUAAUAAAAGUGUAUACGAAAAUACGAGAGGUUUAAAGCGCACUUGGAACUUUAAAGAUAAUGUAAUACUUUUUAACACAAAUAUGUUACACAUUUAGAAGAACGAUAAGUAACAAGUUAUAAAAUCUCUUGCAAUGUAUCAAACUUUCUGGAAUUGUUGCAAAUGGAUGAACACAUUCGAAAAUGCGUCUAUCAUAUUGUCGAAAUAAAUUUUUGAAAAAAA